CAGCAGCGGUAGAAGAAGACGAAGAAGAAUUAGAAGGAAGCUAACCAUGGCUACAGCUGACAGCGGACUGAAGCCUCUUCAAAAUGCCAUGAAAAUGGCAAAAACAGCGAUACAGCUGGACGGAGGAAACAAACACAAGGAAGCCUACUGUGAAUACCUCCGGACCAUCAACUACAUUUCACAUGCACUUUUGGAGGAAGCUGCGUCACAAAAGGAGAAGGAGAUGGUGGCGGUGGAAGUGGAGCGGAUGCUGAGGUUGGCUGAACAAUGUCUGGAGAGAGCAAAGUCGUUCAUAGGGAAGAACGUCGACCCACCAGACCUCCACACCUCCUCUUCUUCUGCUGCUGCUGCUGCUUCCUCUUCAUCAGAGCCCCAUCAGACCACCUCUGCUCCUGCAAACACCGUCCCUGCAGCUGAUUCUCCUGUUGAGCAGAAAUCCAGCAGCCCGGCAAAAACCAACCAUCGUAGAGUUUUAUCAGACGGUGGAGGGGAGCUCUCUCCUUUCCUGCCUCCUGAAGUCUUCCAGAGAUUACAAACUGUAGCAGCACAGGACACGAGCAAGAAGGAGCUGACUCCCAUCGAAGAAGCAUCACGACUGAACCAGAAGCUGAAAGCCACCUAUGAAGCUCGACUGGCCAGACUCACCCCUGGUCAGGCCUACCAGAAGACGUCUUUGACACUGUCUCUCCAGCGGCAGAUGAUGGAGAACCUCAUCAUAGCCAAAGCCAGACAGGAUGCUCUGCAGAGGAAGAUGGAGGAGAGAAGACUGAGGCUGCAGGAAGAGGCCAACAGGAGAUUUGCAGCAUCUGGGGCGAUGACUGCAGAGGAGCAGGAGCAGCGAGUUCUCUACACCAAUGUGUUGGAAUAUGAGCAAGACCACGAUUGGCCCAAACAGUGGAAAGCCAACAUGAAGAAGAAUCCUGACAUCACACUGGUGUCGGAUUUAGUCUCCUACCUGCUCAGCCGGUCCGACCACCCGGUGGUGAAGCUGCUGAGGAAGCACCAGUACAGGAUUUACAACCGGCUCUACCCCAUCGUCAGCAAAGGCCUCCCGCAGAGUCCCAACAUGUCGCUGAGACCUUCUCGCAGCAUUCACAACCUGCUUCGUCCAGAGACUCAGAGGAAGCCCAUCAGCAGCUUCAGCACCGACUCCUCGCUCUCCCCGUCACACUCUCAUGAACUCAACACCAACUAUGAUGAGGAGGAGGCAGAGGAGCCUCAAACUCAGCUGCCGGUGGACCGGGAGAACUCGUUUGAAGACCUGGAGCAGUUCCUGACCCAGCUAGACUGGGCACCGCCCCUCAGCAGCGACACCAGCUUUGAUUCCGAACCAACCGGCGAUCCGUCGCUGCAGGAUGAGAGCUGCAUCCAUGAGCUGGAGAAUAAAGCGAUAAAAGAACACCUGAAGGCCAUCGUUAAGGACAUUCAUAUCGCCAUAGAACAGCUGCUGUCGCUGUGUUUGCUGUCCUUCGAGUGUCUGAACACAGCCAGCUAUAAGGAUCUCUGUCUGGCCAGCAUAGAGGAAGCCUUCUUCACGCCGCUAUGGAGCGCCAUCGUCACCCUUUUCAGGAAGGUCCACAGAGAAAGAGAGCAGGCGUUCGAGACGGGCAUGAAGUUGUACCGAGACGCUUCACCCGGAGACGUCGGCGUUCCCUCCAAACUCUUUCCCCCGGACACCGGAGCUCUGCAAGGUUCCUACCCCUAUGAGUCUGCGGUUCAGGAGCUGAAGCUUCUGGUUCAGGACUGCUGUCCACAGAGGAAGCUGGAAUGUCUCGUUCGGACGUUACGGCUGAUCUGCGCCUGUGCUGAGGAUUACAGGUGUCUUCAUGAGGCCGACUCUUCUCCCCAAACUGCCGCCAUCGGUGCAGACGACCUGCUGCCCAUCCUCUCCUUCGUGGCUCUCCGGUGUCAGUGUCCUCAGCUGGUGUCUGAAUGUGCUGCUCUGGAGGAGUUCAUUCAUGAGGGCUACUUGAUAGGAGAAGAAGGUUACUGUCUGACCUCCAUGCAGAGCGCCUUGGCCUUCGUCGAAUCACUGCAAACGGCAACAACUCACCUUCCUGCACACAAACUCGUAUGAAAAAGGCUGCUGCACGUCGUUCCAGCUGCAUAACUGAGAAACCACAGCUAUACCUGCAUCUUCUGCAUGUUAUCUUGUACUCGGAUGUACUUUCUAUUUAACUGAAGGACUUCCUUUUGCUCCGUUUCUAACAGAGGGACUGAACUAGUGCCUAUGAGACAUUUCUAACCAAAUCAGAGCCUGCAUGGGACCAAGCUUUCCUUUGCUGAGACGUAUCGCUCUGUUACGUAGCGCUGGACUGUAGUUGAGACUGGAGUUGUCCUAAACGGGCUUUAAACUCCAUCAAAACUGCUCCAGCCACCUUUCCUACGUCGGAUAUGGCAGGUCCAAACAUUUCAGUAACCCAUGUCCUGCUGUGGAAAAGCUUGCUCUCAUUUUUGUUUCGUUACACAACUCUUUGUGACACUUUUCAUGUCAACAAUUGAGAGAGUGUCUGAAAAUGUUCUCCAUUUUCCCAGUUUUCGCCUUUCCGUGACAACUACAGCAAAAGUCUAACCGACUAGUUGAGAAAGACCAUAAAUGGGUCCUGAGGGAACUUUUAGAAGUGAUGCCAUUGAUUGCAUGAAUGCUGAAGCCCCAUUCAGACAGAAUUCUAGUGGUUAUGGAUGGAAUAUUCCUUGUGGUUUCUGGCUAUUUGUUGUUCUGGACGGCAUUUUAAACUGCAAAGAUAAUCAUCCUGGACAAAGCAGGACACAAAUAAAGAUCCAUAAAUCUGCUGAGGAAGUGAAGAAAAAACUCUGCAGAGGUUGUCUGAGAAUCUUCACAAUUUAGGUUUCUCCAGUAUCGCACUAAUCCAGUGUUAUUAAACUGUACAUUUAUGGGUACAUCACAAAGAGGAGCCACCACUUUGACCACAAUGCUGCCACAUUUAUUAUUUUUUUGGCCAAAACCAGGGUGAAAACUGGACUCAAAGAGAGCAGUUAGUAAACUUCUAUUGUUGUAUUGGUUCCUAAAAAUGAGCAUAUGUUGGCGUUUCCAUCAGAUCGGCUAUUGGCUGAUAAAAUACAGGAGAAGGAAAGAUCUUACUGGUCACAUACAAUACACCUGGAUUAAGAUUACUAACCAGAGUAGGUUAUAUUAAAAUCCUGUCUGAAAGGGGCUUUACAGAGGAAAAAAAGCUGCAAUAUGUGAUUGUUUGCCAAUGAGGGAAUGGAUCUUUUGAACAGUAUUGCAGUUUUUACUGUCUUUAUUCAGGAAAUAUGCAGAGUCUGUGAUAAAGCAGCACUACUGAUGUUGUGUUUAGAUAUUUUUCUCCGUUAAAAUGUGGGAAAUCCAUUUAAUUGUUGAGGGACUGCAAGUUGAAUUUUUUUUUUUUAAAGAAAGGCACGUGUUUUAAAGAGCGAUGGAAACCACAAACUAUGGAUUAAAACUGAUGCACUUUGGAUGUGGAGGCGUUCAGGGACGUUACACUGGAGGAUGAUGAUGAUGAUGAUGAUGGUGUUGAGUUCAGACAGACUUGCUGAGCGACUAGAUGCCACAGGAAUGACUGCUGAGGGUUACAGACUAUCUGUAGCUCGUAUUUACUGUACAUCAGGAAGCUGGUGUACUUUAUUAGUUUGCUCCACUUUUUUUGGUGCAUUGCCGUGGGGACUGCAGACACGUGACCGUUAUCUGUUGAUUUUCAGUUGCUAAUUUUUGCUCUCUUAUCUGCAGUUUUUAGCUUGAGUUGAUUUUUUUUUUUAAUGCCAACUUUUUUCAUGCCUUCCCUUUGAUAGUUGUAUAAGACCUAUGUGUUAGGAAAACACUAGAUGUUUGGUAUAUUUUUAUGCUUUUCUGUUGAAGAUUUUUAGUUUUAAAUAUGCAGAUGUUUGAGUGAAGAUGGGGUGGGCGAUGGCACCAGAUGAUCAAAUCAGUUGCUUAAUUACAAAGUCUGACACUAAAACUCAAAGCUAGAAGUGAUUCGUAGCUCCAGCGCUUCCUUCAGGAUGUCUGCGCAGUUCUUCGUCCGUCGUAGUAUCUUCUAAGACGCUUCCAGGCUGCUGCUGUUGUGGCGAUCCUCAAUGUCAUUCAGCUGCAAUUCCAGAAAGUGCUCGUGUCGGAUUCACAACUCCACCAUUCUGGAGGGACAAAUCUCUCCGGAAAGUUCUGACCAGAAGAAAGGAUUUGAAGCUCCAAUGCUUUGACGAUUGAUUCAAGAUGCUGAUACAGUCGCUGCAAAUCUUUGCUGUCUUCUGUUGCGGAAAAAAAGAAGCUUCCAGGUCUCUGUUGUUGUAAUCCUCGAUGUCAUUCAGCUGCCUCUACGCCAGACUGGACAAGUGUUCAUGGAUCUGACUGAGGCCUCAAGGUCACUAGGUGGUUAUGACUUGUCAGUAGUUGACUUUUCACUGUAGGAACUCAAAGUGGUGUAAAGAUUUACAGGAAGAGCCCUCUAAUCAACCCUUUUUGUUUCAGCUUCAACUGCAACUUCGACUUCAUCAAAACAACAAGCAGCAGUUUCUGGACCAGUUCUAGCACCACUUAGGAAAUGGAACAAUAGAGAUUUUCUAUGUUAGCUGACAUGUUCCAACUUCAAGAACCAACCUUGUAGAACUUUCUUCAAGAUCGUUUUCAGGGAAGAACCUCCUCCCAUGUAGAUAGAAAGUAGUUCCAGUGAUGACUGCAAUAGAACCAAAAGCUGUAAAUGUGGGUGCCGUCUAAGCUGAGUUCCUGCUGUAAAAAAGCGCCUGUUUUUGGUGUCAUUAAGCUGCCUUUCCGGUAAAUUUCUCAUCUUGAACUUCAGCUUUACUUUCCUGGACUGCAGAUGGCACCUGCACCUGUGAUAUCUGAUCAUAGGUGGACUGAAGAGCAUUCUUGUUUUUCUGUACUGCUUUUGUAAGCUCGGUAUGGCGGCACAUGGACCAAUUGGGAGAACAGAAUGUGGACUGUUGUUACCAGAUGCAGCCCAAGAUGUUGGACUCGAUCAGGAGGAUAAUUUUUUGCACACGAAGCUAAAUGAUCCAGAGUGACCACCACAACAGAAAGGGGAAACUCAAGACAGAAUAGCGAGGUGGUUUGCAGUGACUGAACUUAGCCAUAGCAAGCUUAAUGUUGCAUUCUUAAAAAGCAAAUCCUACACCAGAAUAAGAUCAUCUGCAAGUUAUGAUUGUCCACUUGCCCACACCUAUCUAAAUGGGUGCAUUUUUUUAGCCCGUUACCUGCACACCAUGUUUACUUCUUCACACCAUUUUGUCAUUCUCAUUUGGUUGCCGUUGGUUUCCACUGAUUCCACCGCAGUCGGCUCCACACAUGCUUUGCUUUUAGUCCCUGUUUGUGUCCAAAGUUGGUCACAGAACCUCAAACUCAUGCAUUCUUGCAAGACUUGCGUAAAGGUGGCGAUAAAGGGAUCUUAAUGUCAAGCAGGUUUCAAGGCUUUCAGUGUAUUUUUUUAAGUGCUGAGAUUAAUGGGAACCAGUAGCUCCUGGAUUCAGAUGUCUUUAACCACAGAAUGCCUCUGCAGUGAGUUAAAUAACACGAGCUAACAGGCUGAUCGGUUUGUGUUUUCAAGACAAAUCAAGCAAACUUUGAUAGAAGCCUCCACAUAUAAUGAAACUUAUGAAUUCUUUUUAUUUGGAUCGCUUGCUUUCUCGGAUUUACUAUUUAAAAUAUGUUUUCUAAUUUUGUAUGAGUCCAAAAGAUGUGAAAAAAUAUCUUAGAAGCUUUUUGGGGGGUUUGUUACAACUCCCUGCAACACCAAAAACAGAUCUAUGUCUAUAUGGUGUAUGUUGAUGUAAUUAGUAACAAUAAAAAUGCUGUGAUAUUUUGCAGAGUGGAUGAAGCCACUACGCUCAUGUAAAGGAUUUAUUGUACAUUUUGCUUUGGGAAUUGAACGUGUCAUUAAACUGUACUGUGAGUGCUUGAAACUAAUGAAUGUGAGUUUGAGAGACGAGUCAAUAAAGAGAUCGGAGAGAUGUUGAAAUCA